AUGGCAUCUUUGUGCCGUCAAUUAUUUCAUGUGGAAUGUGAAGCUGGCAUAAAUAAGCAAAUAAACCUUGAACUUCAUGCGAGUUACGUGUAUAUGGCAAUGGCUUACAAUUUCUCACGGGACGAUGUUGCUCUUCCAGGAUUUCAUAAAUUUUUCCUCAAACAGUCUGAGGAAGAAAGAGAACAUGCUAUGAAGGUAAUGUUUUUUCAUACCACUAUUGUACAGCUUAUGGAAUAUCAAAACAAACGUGGUGGUCGAAUUGUUUUACAAAACAUUGUCCCUCCGGAGACGAAUUACUGGAGCACCGGUUUGGAGGCUAUGGAAGCGGCCCUUGAAUUAGAAAAAUCGGUUUACAAAAGUCUCCAUGAACUUCAUACGGUUGCUGAAACUCAUCAUGAUCCUCAAUUUUGUGAUUUUCUGGAAGGUAUGUAUGACAGUUAUCAUAACUUACAUAGGAACUUGACACGAUCUAUUAAUGCACCCUAA